UGGCUGGAUGAUGCGACUGCGCGGGGUGGGCCGGGCGCCCGCGACGCACAGAUUCCGAGCCAGUAGCGCGAACAGCCCCGAACGGCACACACGAUGAUCGCGCAUAAGCACGCGCUCGCCGCCGCGCUGCUGUGUGCGCUGGCCGGCCAGCUCGGAGCUGGAGCGAGCCUGCAUUGCGCCAUGAGGAGGGAAAUCUCACCGUGCACUUGUCGCCGAGAGGACGCCGGCACCGGAGCCAUUCUAGUGGUCUGUCAACGGAUCAGUGCAUACGAAGAAAUCGCACGAGCCCUGACUAACAAGUUCAGUCCUGAAACGAAAAUCGGCUUGGAUAUCUCUUACUCCCAGCUUCCGGAUUUCUCUGAACAUAGCAUCAAAGAACUCGGCCUUUCAAUUACAAGGCUCAAAUUAAACUUCGACAAUUUAAGUGAUUUAAAAGAAAGUGUAUUUACUAAGUUGGACUUGGUGGACUACUUCAGCUUAGCGGACAAUUCGUUAACUGAGAUGCCGCGACAUGUUCUACAGCACCUGCCUCACGUGAAAACCCUUGACCUUUGUAGAAACAAAAUUGUUAAGCUUACUGAAGAAGACUUUAGAGACAUACAAGAAGUAGAACACUUAUUGGUAGCUGAUAAUCAAAUAUCCAAGAUUGAGAGAGAUGCCGUACCUAAAGCAUUGAAGCACGUCCACCUUGGAAUUAAUAAGCUCAGUUCUCUUAAUGGAGCUCUGAGGGAUUUGGAUGACUUGGAAUGGAUAUUUAUUAAUGCUAACAAUUUAAAAACAAUCGAUAAUGAAUUGCCAGUCAAAGCCAAACGGAUCGUGCUGAUACAUGCUGCCCAUAAUGACUUGCAGAGCUUACCAAAAGAUUUAAAACAAAUGCCAUCACUAGAAUCUUUAUAUUUCUAUGGCAACAGUAUAAAGUCGCUGGACGGAGCACUACAAAAAUCAAGAAGGCUAAUGAGGAUAGGACUUUCAUUCAACAAAAUUGAAAGCCUAGCUGAAGAUGAGUUCACUGAAGCCGAAAAAUUGGCCGAGCUGGAUAUUGCUUACAAUCAACUAAAGUCUUUAAAUGGGUCUUUAAAGAGUUUGAAAUCAUUGAGAUACUUAAAUUUAACUCACAAUUAUAUGACGGAAUUCUCGUUGCAAGAAAUUAAGGGCCUAAAGAGAUUGUCCGUUAUUGACUUGUCUCACAACAGGAUUAGUCUUAUCACGGGAAAUAUGGAAAAUUUAGUGGAUGUUGAAACUCGAGUUUUAGAGUUAAGAUUGGAUCACAAUCGAAUCCUUAGUUUGGGAGGAGCUCUUAUGGGGUUGCAUGGUCUCUUACGACUUAAUUUAAGCAACAAUCUUCUCCAACAAAUUUCACCGGAUGAUCUUAUAGGCUUGGAAGAUUUGAGACUGCUCGAUGUAUCACAUAACCAUAUUACAACUCUAGAAGAAACUUCGAAGACAUUUUUGCCAUCACUUGAGGAAUUAAUUGCCCACCAUAAUAACAUCACAUUACUUGAUAAGGAUUUCCAUGGAUUACCUUCGCUAUGUAUAGCUGACUUGUCAUAUAAUAAAAUUAAGACGGUAAACUAUGACCUUGUAUCGAAAUCCCGAUGUACUAUUAACGGAGUUCCUAGUGUAUUGAAGAUUUACCUUCAAGAUAAUCCUGUGCUAUGCGACGAUCGACUGUACGAGCUGAUCACGGUGCUCGAAAGCUUGAAUGCAAGACUUAAUGGCGCUUCAACUUGUGUGGCGUCGCAGACAACCGCGCCGAUAUUAAUGCGAGCGCUUAAUGACGUAGUGCCACCGCAAGACAGCUCACCAGUUAUUGUAGUGACAAAAGUGAACGGCGGACUUCGAGCGGUGUCUGAGAGUGCCGAUCGCGACGCAGCUUCACCGCAAAUUCCUCAACUUGUGUACCAGCGUGUGGGCGCUUUAUUCGGCCACAUGUUACCUGAACGUGAAGGCGGACUACCUGUUGUGGUUGAGCCACCUGUCACGUUGCCACCCGCUAAUACUAACGUGGUAGUGAAGUGGCCCGAUGAACGGAGAACAGAUGAAACACACCCGCUAGUCGAUCACCUACGACUUCGCGACUUAAACGCUUCGCCGCAGUGAGAGCAGGAGACCCGGGCGCGCGCACGUCGAUGACAGCGAAAUGAUUGCUUCGCCUUAACAAAUAUACUGCCAAAACAUUAGGCUAGGGCAGAGUGUCUUCUGAUUCGGUCGGGCGCAUGGAAAUUUUGGAUUAGAUAGGUAUCAUCCCAUUCUGUUAGGUAUGCGAUGUAAGGAAGCUGCGUUAGGUACACCGACAGUGUAUCUUAUAAUGAUCCUAUUUUGAAUACAUCGAGUAAACGUGUAACUAGUAGUAACUUUAGUAUGUAGCAAGUAUUAUCCGAAUGGUAAAAUUUCAUCGUAGCAAAAUGUAAAGGCGUGUUUAUAAGCUCGUUGAAAUGUGUUAAAGAUUUAUUUUAUUGAUGUGGAUAUUAAAUGGUGCAAUCUACGCCAGUAAAAUAAAACAUAGCGCAGCAUAUUUUGAUUAUUGUUCCUUUUCACAGUUGCAAAAUAAUUAUUUUACAUAAGCAUAUGUGUACAUAAUGACACUGGUUUUACUAAAGGUUUUAAUAUAUCUUGUAAUUGAAACAUGUUAUUAAAGUUACUGUAUAUUUUUUACGGAAUCACCAAUUCAGAAAAGAUAUACAGUACCUGCGUAAGUGUAGGGGUUUAUCAAAAAGUAAAUGUAAUUAGAAUAUACGAAUUAAAUUAUUACAAUAACUGUGAAGCUUGGCACUCAUAAAUCGUUACUAGUUAGGUAUUGAAAUAUGUUAUAGCAAUAGUAAAUACAUAGUAAUAUUUGUGCGUCGCCUGAUAAAAACCAUGUUCAUCAUGUAGACCACUUCUUAUGAUAGUUUGCUUGUAGUUAGUCUUUAGGAACACAAUAUCUAUGGUCUUGUUUUCACUGUUCGAUCACUGAGUACCAAGCUUACCAUGUCGAUAUGCCAAAUAUAAUGUAAUAUUUUAGUAAACCGAAUCGCGAAUGCCUAUGGUGACUAUAAACUAGAAUAGUUGACUGUAUUUAUUUAUUAUUAUAACUAAGAUCAUUAAUGGGCUUCGUUAGUAUACUUUUGACCUACAUACUUGAUUUGCCAUAAAGGCUUUCCUGUUAUUUCCUAGUUGUAAGAAAAACCUGGUAAACCAGUGUAAUUAUUAUCGUAGCUGUCGGUUUGUCUGAAUGCGUGAUAAUGUGUUGACGUUUAAAUCAAUCUUCUUAUUAAGUUUGAAAAAUAUAUAAAAAACAUAAUUGUACCCAAAUACAGUUAAGUUUCUCAUACUUACAAAUAAGAUUGGUUUGGACUACUUAAGUUAAUUAUUAGGUGACUUCUAUUAUUUAUGUAUCAUAAAAAUAAAGAGAGUAAACAUUUUCAAAUUCUCUUCAACCAAAAGUAGAUUAUUUUUUUCGAUAUUAGAUAUUAUUAGAUAUGGAUUUUCGUAUGGAACUGUACCUAAAAUAACUUAUGUAAUUAACUACUAUAAUUUGUUAAGAUUUAGAUAUUUGGUAGUUUAAUUUAAAAUGUCGAUUAACAAUUACUAAUAAAAAAUAUAAAGUGCUAACCAUU